UCAGAAAAGUUUUGGGCGACGGCGAGUACACACGACGAUCUGCUAUAGUACGGCAUGAAUCGGUUGGCGAUCGGUUGGUUUUGAAACGUUAAAGCGAGCCCAUCUAUACCCUAAACGGUGGGUAUGUAGCGGUGUGUUUGAAUGGAUAUUGACUACAGUGGGCAGUGAGUGAUAGGCGAAAUGGUGUGGUUUCAAAAAAAAUAAAACAAAAAAAUAAAAAUAAAAAUAAAAAUAAAAAUAAAGAAAAAUGUAUGAUAAAACUGAAAGAGUGAAAUUAAAAGGUAAAAAAGUGAAGCAGUGAAAAUUUACUUAGCAGUAAAAAGCGUUUACACAACACUUUUGCGCUGCAAUCGCACGAAAAUGGGCAAUGAAUUCAGUUUGAAAAAAAAAAUUAUUUUUAAAAUAGAUCACUUAAAAAAAAAAACUUGGCAGUAAUUUAAGCAAAACAUCAGCUAGAUAUAGUUCAUAACUGGAAAAUCGUGUAGUAUGUCGUGAAAAAGUCGGGGUUGUACAUAUGUAGCGAAGAUAUCACACACAUAUAUUGCAUACAUACAUACAUACAUACAUACCUAAACAUCUAGCAAACGCAACUAAUGGAAAAAUUGCCGGAUCGUCCGUUAUCCGCGCGCUCCCUUCCGCUAACGCCCAACGCCGCGCACAUCACACCAACACAACCACAAACAACUUCAUCGAAAUCCUCAUCACGCCGCACCUCGGGCACAUAUGCGUAUGAAACAUUGCCAUCACCACCACCAGAUCCACGUCAGAGCGAUAACAUUUUUCAAUUUCCACCCAAAACCAAAGAAAAUCUGCCAGCUGGCUACCACACGCUCUUCAACUACGUCGAAAGCGAAGAGGAAUUUUAUAAAACACUCAACAAAAUCAUAGCGAACGAUUGCAAGGCGGCGGCGGCACAUGAGACGGACAGACAACAACAGCGGCAAGCGCAACAACAACUCAGACAACAGCAAGCCCAACAACAGCAACAACAAACGCAACACCAUGACGGAGAGCAGCCGCGUUGCGCCUACUGUCAGCACAUGCGACAGGAAUGCAUUCUGUUCAUCGAUCCGUUGCAGAGCCGCUUGGGUAGCAGUUUGUCUGCACUGUUGGCAGCCCAGGGCGCCGUGGAGCAAUUAUCGCGCCUCUACGCAUUGUGGGAUAAGUACCUGGAUGAGGCGGCAAAGUGGCGGCGACAGCGGGAAUGUCUCAAUUACGUAAAUCUGCUCAACGAAAAGAUGGAAAACGCCAAAGAGGCGCGCAGUAAGCGACUACAACAAGUGCGUUUGCAACAACAACAACAACAACAGCCGCAGCAACAGCAACAGCAACACCAGCAGCAGCAUGAGCGCGAUCAAGAUCAGUACUCAGACACAGAGGCGGAUGUGGAACAAUCGAUCGCGCUCAUCGAAUCAAUAUUGGGCGAGUCCGCAACGACGCCAGCUCCCGCGACACCGGCCACUUCGUCGCUCAGUUUCGGCAGUUUCAGCGCUUUUGGAGGCGGCAGCUAUGGUGGCAGUAAUCCCUCUUCCAUUAAACGAGGCGCUCUCAAACAGCAACGCCAGCGCAGCAAAUCGAUGAUGAUUGACGAUAUGGCAUGCACAUCUGUGGCGUCGCUUGGCGUUAAAGCGGACCAUGAACGCGACUCGAAAAGCUCAAGCGCCUUGCCGCACAUGCUGCGGCGUCAAAGUACCUACAGUGAGGGCAAAUCGAAGGUUUCAAAGUGGACGAAGGUCAAGGCUGCGUUCAAGUGGGAGCGUGCCAAUGUGCCGGCGCUAGCCGAAGGCGUAGGAACUGGUGGCAUAAUCGUUUAUAAUGCUGUGCCCAAGGAGCACGUGUCGCAUAGUGUGGGUUUGUCGCCGGUAAACAACGAAGUUGCGAGAUAUUUGCGAGUGCCAUCAUUGCCUUGCCCCGCCGGCGGUGGUGGUAGCUCGGCUGAUAGCAUACUGAGCUCAUCAUCGGGGCAUCUGCUAAGUGAAGCUGGUACGCCGGGCACAAUCAGUUCGGCGAGUUCAAUGGACGAUAUUGAUAGCAGCUGUCGCAGCACGCUGAGAAGAGAUUCCACCAAGAGCGAAAGUCGUGUGGUUGGGCAUAGUCAAUCGUCUCUAUUGGAACAUUCAAAAACCGAUGAUGCCGAAACAUUGCAGCCACCAUCGAAGAACGAUGGCAACACGCGUACGCUUACAUCGAAAAAAUCCUCCUCAAUCAAAUCUUUGCGUAAAAAUAAGAAUCUUACUGACUUUGAGGCACUGCCAGAAGAUGUAGUCGUUGAACUGAAAGGCACAACAUCCCGUCGCACAAAACCACCACCAAGUCCACUAAAUCUUAACCUCAAACAGGAGCUUACCGACUCGGAUUUCUCUUACUCACCCUACUCACUGAAAAGCCCCAAAGAUGGCACACAGUCAUUGAAUCGCUCGAAGAAAAUCAAUUCGCCGGGUAAUUCAUCGGUGCCAAGCAGCCCUUCGCGACACUCGGACUUUUUUUGUGAAUUCGAAAGUGAAGAUUUAUCUAGUGGUGAUUUUUCCGAACCUACCACGCCGAAUCACAUGACAUCGCACAAGUCGUUUCUUGACGAAAAGAAUGAAAUCAAUCAACGUUAUCAGAUGCUACGUGCCAAAUUUGACAUGGAAUUCGAAGCGAAACGUCGCGAAUGGGAUAAAAUGAAAGCCAAUACUAACGCAUGUAGAGCGAUAGCCUUAAUCACGCCCCCAAAACCAGAAGAGCAUCCGCAACAUCCAGUCUUUAAUAAUAACCUCUCAGCUAAACUCUUGGAAGAAAAUCUAACACCGGACUUUAAGAAGAAACUACGCAAAUGGCGCGUGAAAAAACAAAUCUCAGUCAGCGGCGGGCAUUCAACGCAAAUCUCGCCGACAUCGCCGGUGCGCGAGUGUCCUUCAGAUUCAAAGCCGAAAAUCGAUUGGAACCUGUGGAAAACCGGCCAGUUGAAGUUGGAGGGACAAGGUCUAACACCGUUGCCUGAUCAGAAGAACUUGCCAGAGGACUUUCAAAAGAAGUUGGAGCAAUGGAAUAAACUCAAACAAAGUGGUGGCACAAGCAAUAUUCCUAGCGGUCAGGAUUCCAUAAAACGUUCCAGUAAACUUACUGAUAGCGUGAAGAAAACUGUUGAAAAUAAGCCACACGAUAAGGAUAAACUCGAGAAACUAGCCAAACUCAAAGCGAUCGUAACCGAUCAUCCGGCCAAGGAAAUCAAGGUACAGACCUCAGAAGGUGUUAUGAAGUUCGAGGGCAUAUCACGCAAAUUCACACGCAAACUGUACGAAUGGGAGAAGGCACGUGGCAUAGGACCCGAGUCGUCGACAUUUGCGUUAUUGCAUCCGGGCUAUCGUCCGAUUGUAGUAGAUCGCAUCACAAAAGAAAAUAAUACCAAUGACAACUCACCCACACUCAGUCGUUCGUUUUCAUUGGAUAGCAUCGCCCAAAAUAACGCUACUCUGCCCGCCAUCUCACAACAAGCCUCCAGCUUAUCGCUCAACGACGUGAAUGAGCUGAAAGAGAUGGACAAUCAAGGCAGCUCAGAUGUGCUUGAUGAGCACGAGUACAAGAAAUACGAAGAACCCGAAGCGGUUAUGGUGGAAGUGGAGGAUCACAUUGAGGAGACGGCAUCACCGCUGAUUACCGCGCACACCCUAGUGGAGCAGCAAACACCAAUCUAUAAGUAUGAAGAGUGCGCUUGCAGCGACUACUGCAAUACGCGACGAGUACAAAGCUACGAGUCGCACACCAAUUUGGCACCUCUGCUCUCCGUUCUGCAGCGAACUGAGGAGAUUUUCACUAAACUUAAACGCGCAUCGGUGGAUUUGUGCCAAAAUGUGGAGCUAGGUCAGUGCGAAACGAUGCUUACAUACAUACGCAACAUAUAUCCAUACUACUCGGAUAGUCUGAUGAAGCCGAACGUUCUGAAUGCCAUAUCGGAUGUGCAAAGCGAAUUGAGCCGAAUUAGCGAUUUGUGUGAAAAGUGCCCACUUGACGAGGCCUGUUGCCAGGAAAUCAUUGAGGAGCGCAAUAUUGAGUACAACGAGGAGCUGAAGGGCUUACAUGAAUCCCUGACUUUGCUUCGGAGAAGUAUUCAUGGCGGCUCUACACCGUACCCCCGUGACAUGGUGCCGGACAUAAAUAUAACCGCAGUCGAUGCACAAAACACUGCGGCUGAUAUUUCAAAGGAUCAGAUUUCAACCACACUAGAAGCAACGGAUGAGUGGAGCGCAUCGCACGCAGAAAACGAUGAGGCCGAGGCACCGAAGAUAUCGCAACGUACCCAAAAUGCCAACAGUAAUGGCGCGAACGGCGCCACUGGUAAAAAGAAGUUACGCCUUCGCAAAACGGGCUCUCGACAGAACAGCAAAACCGAAAGCGAUAGCAGUGAUGCGGACAACCACAGCGUUUUGGAGACGCCACGACGCGUAAAGCGCAAGAAUUUUCGCAUAAAGCAACGUUCCUUCGACGAAGACUAUGGUAGAGUCGAGGAGGCACCUGCCGAUGACAUCGUUUAUGUAUUGAAGGUGAAGCCUGGACAUCCAAUUGAACAAUGCGAAAGUGUGGUUAACAUGGCACGCUGCCUAUCCGAAACCAACAACUACCGACCGAUUAGUGGCAGUGAUAAGUGUCUGGCGGCAGCCACAACCAAACCGACACGACCACCACUCGAUGAUAUUGAUCCCAAAGAAAACUUAAUUUUUAACCAAAAUGAAAAUGUUUUUGUGAAAACCAAACGAAAAGUAUUUACAGCAGUCGCUGAGCCGAGUGCCAUCGGCGGCAUAGCGGUUAUCGAACAAGAAUUGGCGCAAUCGCCAACUGAGCUGGAAGCUCCCGACGCAACGGCGCUUACAGAUGCUGAAAGUACUAUGCCGGAAGCUACAGAUUUGGAUGACUCGGAAACGCCCACUGAAGUUGGUAGUCUAACGCCGAAAUGCUCAAAUUCGACAUGCAAGUCUUUGAGUCAGGGUGAUGUACGCGUUAUCGCGUGCGAGUACGAGGAUGAGCGUAAGUGUCAAAGCGCCGAGAAGCUCGCAACUCCCACUUUAAAGCUGGCGAGGGAUGCACGCCCGCCACUUGCGUCCGAUAGCUUUCGCGUUAUCAACAAAAGCUGCACCAGUCUAAUGCGUGAAUCAGCCAGUCCAGCGAAAAUAGGCAUGGCUAUGUCAAACACGGUGGAUAGUAGUCCCACAGAGGUGCGUAAAGAGCAUAUAUUCAAAAAGAAUACGGAAAAGUCACACUAUCACAUACCUUUCUCGAAAUCGCAAAGCGCCACAAUCAAAAAAAUCGAAACGAAAAUUGCAAAAACACAUUCAGGAGCCUCGAUUGGUGAAACUUCACCCCACAUACUUACACCCGACAAAUUCGACAACACAAAACCACGCAUUGCACGCAAACUGGAACGAAAAUCUCUCACUCCCACCAGCAUGCAAGCGCAGCAUUUCGAUUUUUCCGCACCACACAGCUCUGAGCCGACAACACCAACACCACAUCUAGUCGCGACGCAAGAAACGCCACGUACGCCGCUUUCAGAGCGCGCAUUGCGUAUACAGAAAGCGAAGGAAGAGUUUCUGCAAGGUAAUGGUGCUGCAGCGCAACCUGAUGUGAAACGACGCGAUGACAUCGUGCGCAGCGAAACAUGGGAGCAACAUCGGCGCAGCGACUACAGCAUCUCGUCGGCAGCGGGUGAUGAGGCCAAUUUGCCGAAAAGCUUCAGCGUUAGCACGUUUACAGGUGAUUCGUACACCGAAACACCUACACACUCGGACACCGGUACAGAUGCAGACAUUAGCCUCUACGACUCGCUGCCACGUUCAGUAAGCCGUUCGGGUAAAAUAACCAGCAAGCUGGGUUUCGCAACGCUUGCAUCGAAAUUCCGCCGAGGCAAGGGUAGCAAAAAAGGCAAAGAUGCUGCAAAGGAGUCAGAGGCGUCAAGAAGUAGUGGCCGAGCAUUGUCGGCAUUGUGUCGCCAAACACUGUUGACGGAUGUGAUUGCCGUUCCGCAACUUGCCGCGGAGAAUCUACACGAAAGUGUCCAGAAGUCACAGUCGUCGCCGCAAGCGGGCAGAGGUUUUGCUGGUAGUCAGAGCGCCACUGUUUUCGGCGGCGUGUUGGGUCAACGACCAAUGGAGCCUUUAAAUAAAUCGCAAAGUGAGCAAUAUGUCCGACGACAUAAAGAGAGCAUUGUCUAACUAGUCUAGUCACAGUGUAACAAAUGUGCCAUAAAAAUGUCCUUGAUUUAUUUAUUUUUUAACCGUUUAUACAUUUAAUUUUAUUUUUGUACGUAAACAACGAUUGUAUUGGGAUUAUUUGGAGAUUCUUAUUUGUGCUAUACAUAUUAACCGGCGUGCCCGACGGGUAGAACCGCAGAUGUGUAGGAAAGUUGUAAUAUAGAGAUUUUUAUAUGAAUGUACAUAUAUUUAUGUAUGUAUAUGUGUUACAAA